UGCCGGUGCAGGAUGGGUAAUUAGUGCCGAAAAAUGGUGCCGCUGUGGUGACUCUGUGACUGUGUGUGAUCUACUUUGUGGUAAUUGUUGGGUAAUAAACUCAGCAUUUUGAGCGGCUGGUGUAACAGGCUGCGCAGAAAACUCUGCUUGCUUCGACGUAAUGGGUGAAGAACGAGAUCUCGACAAAGACAAGGACAGGAGACGAAGACGCAGUCGAUCUCGGUCCAGGAGCCGUGAGCGUAGGCGUCGUUCCAGGUCCAGGGAAACUCGAAGGAGAAGCCGAAGCCGUAGCAGAGACAGAGGCGCAGCUGGAGGAGCAAAAAAGUCACGCAGAAGGAAGCCCUCCAUUUACUGGGAUGUGCCACCUCCUGGUUUUGAGCACAUUACUCCCCUUCAGUACAAGGCCAUGCAAGCGUCUGGUCAGAUUCCCACCACUAUGCUGGCAGCCACGGGUGCUAUAGCCACAGUGGGUGGGACUACCACGACCAUAGGCGGAGGAGGCCUUGGAGGAGGGGCAGCAGCACCUGUUGCUCAGGCAAUCAUCCAACCACCAGCCGCUGUGCCCAUUGUAGGCGGCACAAUCACACGUCAGGCACGGCGGCUCUAUGUCGGGAACAUACCUUUCGGCUGCUCUGAGGAGGAAAUGAUGGACUACUUCAAUGCCCAGAUGCAUGCCUGUGGUUUCUCCCAAGCACCGGGCAACCCUGUGCUAGCUUGCCAGAUCAACCUGGACAAAAACUUUGCAUUUUUAGAGUUCCGAUCAAUUGAUGAGACAACCCAGGCCAUGGCAUUUGACGGCAUCAACUUCAAGGGCCAGAGCUUGAAGAUCAGGCGGCCCCAUGAUUAUCAGCCAAUGCCGGGCAUGUCUGAGACUCCAUCGGUGGCUGUCCCAGUUUUAGGUGUUAUUUCAACGGUAGUGCAGGACUCUCCUCAUAAAAUAUUCAUUGGUGGAUUGCCAAACUAUCUAAACGAAGACCAGGUCAGGGAGCUCUUGAUGUCAUUUGGACAGCUACGUGCAUUCAAUCUUGUGAAAGACAGCGCUACUGGACUCUCCAAGGGCUAUGCAUUUUGCGAGUAUGUGGAGGUUGCUACAACGGAUCAGGCCAUUAUGGGGCUCAAUGGAAUGCAACUUGGUGAUAAGAAACUGAUUGUGCAAAGAGCAAGUGUUGGUGCCAAGAACAGUCAAAUGAGUCAAGCCCCAGUGCAGAUUCAAGUACCAGGAUUACAGCUUCAAGGUGGCGCAGGCCCUCCGACAGAGGUGCUGUGCCUCAUGAACCUCGUGUGCCCCGAAGAGCUGAAGGAUGAAGAGGAGUAUGAGGACAUUCUCGAGGACAUUCAUGAGGAAUGUAACAAGUAUGGUGUCGUCAAAAGCAUUGAGAUACCCCGACCAAUCGACGGUGUCGAAGUGCCUGGUUGCGGAAAGGCCUACGUCGAGUUCAAUUCUGUCAUCGACUGCCAGAAGGCACAGCAGAGCUUGACGGGGCGCAAAUUCAGCAACCGUGUGGUUGUAACGUCCUACUUCGACCCGGACAAGUACCACCGUCGAGAAUUCUGAGCAGUCCACCGAAAUAUUGCAGCUCUGUCUCUACCCUCUGCCAUCUUCAUCUUUCGCUGGAUAUUCCAUUUCUGCUGCACUUUUGUGGGUGUGUGUCCUAAAGUGCAGCCCUGUAGUAGCUCAUGUCCACAAGCAGUGAUUCCUUUUGAAGGUGGCACCGCUGGCUACCCUGGGCCAUCCAUGUUUUAACCAGUCUGCUGCGUUCACCUGAACCAUACAUACUUUCUCUUUCCCAUGGCACUAUUCUUUCUAAUGCUGAAUUCGGUAAGCGUUGUGCUUUUUUUUUUUUUUCAUUUUGCAGUUGUGAACAUUAUGGCCCCAGUUAUGCUGGUUUUGUGCGGACAGGUGGGUUGUUCCGUUUUGUUUUCGUCAUCAUUGUCCUCAUUGUAGGUAAUGUCCAAGCUGCCAUGCACGUGGCUCUUGGUAAGCUAUAAUCAUGAAUUUUGGUUCAAACUGUGCAUGUUCUAAAGAAAAAAAGAAAGCUGUUAACACGUGUCUCGACAAAUAAAUUUCAACUAUUCAGUCUGCAAUUCCUUAAUCAGUGCACACAUUGUGCUAGUGGAAGUUCUCCCCUCUUCUUCAAGUGAUUCGCUGAAUGCUUUCAUACUGUGUCGCUGUGUCCUCUGCCACCAAAAAAAUAAAGAAGCUGCUGAGA